CUAAACUAAUCUGGUUUGUAUGUCAUAAUUUUGAAAAUAAAAAUACUUAUUUUAUUAAAUAAAUAGCGUAAGAAAAAUGUAAUUGUUUACGUUAUUAGCGUGCAAAACUAAAUUUCUCAAAUUGUCAUAUUUUAUAAGUUAGAAUUAAAUACCAUAUUUUUAUAACCUAAUAUGAACGUGAAUAAUAUAUUAAGAAAUAUUAUUAGAUCUCGAACAGCAAAUAUUAUUUGUCAAAGAUGGAAAAGUUCAGACAAGGAAUUGACUAGUUACGAUCCCUUUCUAGCAAAACCCCAAAAAACCAAAGAAACUUAUCUAGAAGUGAUAAAAAUGUUUGAAGAACGAGAUACAAGAAGACGGGGUCACGUCGAAUUUAUUUAUGCAGCUCUAAGUCGAAUGAAAGAAUUUGGGGUACAAAAGGACUUAGAAGUAUAUAAAGCUCUGGUGGAUGUUUUACCGAAAGGAAAAAUGGUACCCACUAAUGUUUUUCAAGCUGAAUUUAUGCAUUAUCCCAAACAACAACAGUGUGCUGUGGAUUUAUUAGAACAAAUGGAGGAUAAUAAAGUGAUGCCGGAUUCUGAAAUGGAGCAAAUGCUGUUAAACAUUUUUGGAAGACGAGGCAUACCACUCAGAAAAUAUUGGAGAAUGAUGUAUUGGAUGCCUAAAUUUAAAAAUCUCAGUCCAUGGUACUUGCCAGACAAGUUGCCCGUUGAUACCAUGGAAUUGGCAAUACUUGCAUUACAAAGGAUAACAUCAGUUGACUCUGAUACAAAAAUUGACAUAUGGAAGACAGAAGAAAUUGAAGCUUCGUUAGAUAAGACAUGGAUUGUGAACGGUCAAAGUCGAGUGCAGCAAGUGCUGUUAGCGGAACAACCACCCGAUGAACCACUUGUUAUAAAAGGACCAUUUAAUGUGUAUUUACAAGAUCAAAUUGUAACAUACUUUCUACUUAUUGGAAAAACAAGGCCUGAAUACAAAGAUGAUACUGAUUUGGAUGAUGUAUCAAAUAUUGAGAGACCGCCAAGAAUACCAGGAGUUAUUGGAAAAGUAACUUUACCUCAAGUUAAAAACACAAUACACGAACAAGAUGAUGGCACGAUAGUUGCUAUUUGUGCCACAGGGACAUCAUCCAGAGAUUCCUUGCUGUCAUGGAUCAGGCUACUUGAAAAAUAUAACAAUCCCCAUCUAGCAAAUAUACCAGUGAUAUUUACUCUUAUAGCUCCACCAUCAGAUGUCUCGUUAUUUGAUGCUCAACAAGAAAAAGAUACUAAUAAAAAUACUAGUUCAACUAAUUAAAUGGCAACUUUUGUAGUUUAGACAAUCUGUAUUACCAAUAAUAUAAAAUGAUUAUACUGUUA